AUGGCUGAAAAAAAUACUACGAAGUUUAGAUCGAUCAGAAGAAGAAAACGAAAAGGUUUUUGUGGGCUGAGAACCGACGAAAUAGGCGAAAGAUCGAGCGAAAGUGCGAGUGGUUUUGCUGAUGGCCGACAUCCGUCUACCAGCGUGUCAAAUGUUGCCGAGGUUUUGGAAGCAAACAGUCAAGUUUUGCCUCAAUCUAAGGUAAAUAUAUCGCAGAAAAAGCUGCUCAAUUCGUCUUUUGAAAAGCUUGAGUCUGACCAAGCAGUAUUAACGCGCACAAAAACCAAAACUCUCGGCCUUGGGUCUACAUGUCACACUGAGAGUGCAUCUGGGUUCAAGUUGCAAGAUGCAUCUCUGCUAAAAGAAUGUAUCUCUAGUGCAGCAAUUUGUAGUGCUUGUAGAGAUCCCAAAUCCAAACUACAACUCUUUCAAAACAACAGGUUGAGAGAGGGCCUUGCAGAACACUUAUACUUAGAGUGUUCAAUAUGUGAGGCAAAGACCCCUCUCUUGACCAGCAAGCGUUUGGGUGGUAGGGGAGGUGGAGCCCGGGAAGUGAAUCGUAGAGCAGUUCUAGCAGCUCCUCAAUUGGGUCAUGCCGGACUCACUCAAUUUUGUGCUGGAAUGAAUUUGCCACCUCCUGUAACAAAGAAAGCUUAUAAUGACCACCAAAUACAAAUAAAAACCAUUGCGGUAGACAAUGCUGAAACGUUGAUGAAGGAUGCGGCAAAGCGACUGGUUGACAAGGUCGCAAUGGAAAGCCCGGAUGACAUUGAAGAUGAUGGAACUACUGUUGUCGCAAAUGUGUCGGUUACAAUUGAUGGAACAUGGCAAAAAAGAGGACAUUCAUCAAAAAUUGGUGUUACAUUUGUUAUAUCUGUAGACACUGGUGAGGUCCUAGAUUACUGCGUCAAGUCCCUGUUUUGUCAUGAGUGUAAAGCCCAUGGAAACAUGAAUUCUGAAAGUGAAGAAUACCAGUCUUGGAAAGAAUGCCAUGAACCAGUUUGCCAAAUCAACCAUGUAGGUUCAUCAGAAGAAAUGGAAGCUGCUUCAGCCACUGAAAUGUUUGGGAGGAGUAUCGAUGAAC